UAAUAAAACCAUAGCAGAUAUGGACGAGGUUUGAUCGACCAUGACCGUCUCAAUACAAGCGGCUCUCCCUUUAUUUAGAAGAACGCCGUCAGUGGUAACGCCGAGAAUGCUGUAUACAUCAUCAAUUAUUUGUACAAACCCUAACGGUGUUCCCCACUUACUCCGCCGUUCCAACAUGAUACCCACGCCGGAGCCACCCCCGACGGCGGCGGUAACAUUUCCUUUCUUUUCCAAUCCUAAAAUCGAUCUCUCAAGUCCAACCCAAAAUACUACCAUAUCCAAAUGCUUCUCUUCAACCACUUCUAUGAGCUCUAUUCCGGUCUCAACGUCGGCAGGAUUGGGAAGUGAAAUGCUGGGCUUCGGCACGGAGUCUAAGCUGGUCGUUGUUUCUUUCUAUAAGUUUGCAGAUUUUCCUGACCAUGCCGAGCUACGGGAACCAUUGAAGGAGCUUUGCGAGCAGCUGCAUGUGUCAGGUGGUAUUAUUCUUGCACCUGAAGGAAUAAAUGGAAGCAUAUGUGGUAUCCAGGAUUCUGUGGAAGAGGUUCUUGCAUAUAUUGAACGUGAUAACCGCUUAAAGGGACUGAGAAGGGUGGAAUCUCCAGUGGGUCCUGAAGAAGAGGCGAUUCAUCAUGGACAUACAAGCAGCUCCCCUCUUGCUGCUGGUGAAGGUGCUCCAUUUCGAUGGGAUCAUGUUAGGGUUAAGCUGAAAAAAGAGAUAGUCACACUUGGUAUGCCAUCUGUUUCACCAAUUGAAAGAGUUGGAAAGUAUGUUAAGCCAAAGGAUUGGAAUGCAUUGAUAAGUAACCCGGAUGUUGUUGUUAUUGAUGUGCGCAAUGACUACGAAACUAGAAUUGGGAAGUUCAAAGGCGCAAUAGACCCAUGUACGGAGGCCUUCCGGAAUUUCCCACCCUGGGUUGACAAUCACUUUGAACUUGGAGAGUCCAAUGAGCAGAUGCAUUCCAGUGUUUCUAAUGCAGUGCCUGAAAAAGAAACUGUGGAUAGGGAAAAGAAGCCACUUCCCAGAGUGGCAAUGUACUGCACAGGUGGAAUUCGCUGCGAGAAAGCUUCAAGUUUGCUCCUAAGGAACGGGUUUGAGGAGGUUUAUCAUCUGGAAGGUGGGAUACUGAAGUAUCUUGAAGAAGUUCCAGAGAGUACGAGUCUGUGGGAAGGGGAAUGCUUCGUGUUUGACCAGCGGGUCUCGGUUGAACACGGUUUGGUUCAAGGCACAUUCAAGCUCUGCUACGGUUGCAGAGAACCGGUGAGUGAUGCUGACAUGGAAUCUCCAGAAUGGGAGUAUGGAGUUACUUGCCCGUACUGUUUUUCAUCCAAAUCUGAAGAAGAGAAAGAGAGGGCACGAGCCCGGCAAAGACAGUUCAAGAGUUGUGGCAUUAUUGGUGGUCCAAAUAAGGGCCGGAAAACUUCAAUGGUUGACAAAAGCAAAGAACAGAGUCCGUAGUAUGGUUGGUGGUGAACAUUUGCUAUCUCUAAUACAGAAUUGAAUUUUGAAGCCAUCUGGGAGGGGCAGGGUAGCUCAAGUGGCUGAAUAUGCUGAAAUGCAUAAGUUGGAUGAAAGGACUAGUUUGGAUUCAAUCCCUUGAAUUGUGAUAUAAGUUACUUGAAAGAAUGUAUUUAAGUAGAUUACAGAUAUUAAUUUAAAGGUAAAAUAACCAAGCAUUCCAACCUAGCUGGUUGUGAGUUUACCGUGCAUAGUGUAAGGUCUCGAGUUCAAAACCCGCUAGGCACAUAAGGGUUUGAAACUCAAUGUAGCGAGUUUCAGCCCUGAUUACUACAGGUCCCCCAGCC